GUUUGGGUAUCUAAGCCCGCUUGAUGCCUUCUGGCGAAACUCCCGCGGAAUAAUCACUUGCGUUUGCUCUUUGCUCAGCGAAAUAGCGGACUUGCGACUAUCGCAAGUAGCAGACUUAGCUUGGAUUGUUGUUAUCUAGAAACGACACUUGUUGAUAUCAACUAUAUGAAGUCGGGCCUAUUAGGGCUCACCUAAAACCACUUGGAGAAGCUUUCAGGCGUUCAGUCCGAUUUCGGCGUCCAAACCAGCGUAGGUGAGUGCGCGCGGUUGCAUGGGAACCUACCAGUGAGUGCUUAGUGUAUGCAGGGUCUUAUUUCUGAGUGCGAAAGUUCCAAAAGGAACUGGCCUACUAGAGUAAUCGUGACACCUUUUCAUAGUGAAUUAUUCUAAUUGAAUGAACCGUCUUGCGUUCUAUACGUGCAUGUGGAAAUCUUUUAGUGAAUCCGAGACGCAGUUUCGAGUUGUGUGCGAAUAAGAAUAAAAUUUAUUAUACAAAUAAAGAAGCUUGUGAAAAGAAAGUGAGCGUUUUGCAGAUGUUCUAAUAAUAAAUCUGCUUCCAGAUAUUUUAGGAAGGUUCGUGUUUGGUUUGAGGCUCUAUAGCAACGAAACGUAUGAAACUCCUAUUCGGUGAUUUUCCCAAUGAAGAUCCCGAUUGAUUAAAAAGUUGAGGAAAUUCUUAUAUCUGCAACAAAGCUACCUCCCAUCAUAUCAAAAUGGCAAUAAUUGACGAAAAAACUAAAAUGCACACCGAAAUGGAGCCAGUCGAUAUAACAUUCAGUGACCUCACCUACACUGUUCCUAUAUCACGCGGCAAAGGAAAAAAGACUAUUCUGAAAGGUGUGUCGGGAACUUUCAAAUCAGGUGAACUAACCGCCAUAAUGGGUCCAUCUGGUGCUGGGAAAUCCUCAUUGCUGAAUAUAUUGACUGGAUUUGUGAAAAUAGGCGUCUCCGGUCAAAUCAGUAUUGCUAAGAAUGGAAAAGAGAGCAGGAAGAUUUGCAGCUACAUUUUACAAGAGGAUAACUUAUUUCCACUAUUUACAGUACAGGAAACCAUGAUACUUGCCGCUACUUUAAAAAUUUCAAACAAAUCAAUGAGUACCAAGGAGAAACACAUACUAGUAGAAAACAUUCUUUCCUCAUUAGGUUUAAGCUUCUCGAUGAAAACAAGGUGCUCCAAUUUAUCUGGCGGUCAAAGGAAGCGUCUAUCUAUAGCGUUAGAACUUUUGGAUGAUCCACCAGUAUUAUUUCUUGAUGAACCUACGACAGGUCUGGAUAGUUCUUCAUCUGCUGAUUGCAUUAGCCUACUAAACAAACUAUCAACAGAAGGCCGAACAGUAGUCUGCACCAUUCACCAGCCAUCAGCCUCACUUUACCAUGAAUUUGGUCACAUAUAUGUUCUUGCCGAAGGAAACUGCGUCUACCAAGGACCUCCAUCUAACACAGUCCCCUUCCUUAGUUCUGUGGAACUUCAUUGCCCACAAUAUCAUAAUCCUGCGGAUUUCUUAAUCGAAGUUACAAACAAAGAAUACGGCGAUUAUACCAAAGCACUUACAGAAGCAGCGGAAGAUCCAAAAUGGCGAACAGAAGAGAAAGCUCCCACCCUACUUAAGGAUCUUAGUGUUAGACCGGUCCGCUCUAUAAAUUACAGUAAAAAAAUCUACCCCCCAUCAGAAUGGAUCAAGUUGUGGAUAUUAAUGGGCAGAUGCCAUAUACUUUUCUACAGAGAUUGGACUGUUACGCAUCUGAAGCUGGUUCUUCAUAUACUUUGUGCAAUACUCAUAGGAAUUCUGUACGGUGACUCCGGGACGAAUGCCACCAAAACCUUUUCCAACGUCGGUCUUCUGAUGAUCGGAGUCGUGUAUAUUUGGUAUACAACAAUGAUGCCAAGCGUCUUGAAGUUUCCACUCGAAAUUGCAACAAUUAAAAAGGAAACAUUCAACAAUUGGUAUAAGCUUCGGACAUAUUAUUUGGCAACACAAAUCACUUCGACACCGAUCCAUGUUUUGUUUUCGAUAACGUUCGCUACAAUUUUAUAUCUUAUGACCAGCCAGCCACUGGAGGUUGACCGUUUCAUGAAGUAUGUUUUAACGUUCAUAACCCUCACGAUAGCUGCAGACGGUUUCGGUAUAUUUCUCGGAACGAUGGCCAAUCCGAUCAAUGGGACAUUUUUUGGUGCAGUACUCACGUGCUUCAUGGUUGCUUUCGCUGGGUUCCUGAUAUUCUUCCACCACAUGCCAUUCAUAUUGAGGCUUGUGAGCUACUUAUCUCCCCACCGGUAUGCCUUUCACAGUCUGAUACUCUCCGUCUACGAUAAAGGACGAACUGACCUAAUUUGCCCAUCGAACAUCAUUUAUUGCCACUACAAGAAGGCUGAAAUGAUCAUCAAAACUUUAGGGAUGUCGGAUGGCGAUUAUAACACUAACAUUUUGAUGAUAAUAUUAACCAUUAUAGCAGUGAAAAUUGUUGCGUACUUUACCCUACGCAGGGCGUUACGUAUGGGCUAAAUCUGGCUUUAAAUAAAUAUAGAAUUUAAGGUUCGCCGCGGGACAUUAACUAUUUACAGGACAUGAUUUUAUUCAGAUGAAUAAUAUUGCAGCCAGCUGCUGUUAGUUUGACCAAAUUUUCUUCAAAAUUCCGAUUAUAUUCCUCUUUGAGAUGAUUUUAUACGAUUUAAGGGUAUCUUAAGAUUUUGAUGGCUAGAAUUUAGAGAUAUAAGCACAAAUGUGAAACAAAUACAAAAGUUAACGUUUGAAUUUUCAGAUACAGAUACUUAACUCUUGACUCCAUUGUGAUAUUUGGACGUAACUUAUAUGUAUCAAUUGUUAUUCCUAGACAACUCGUGUGAUUAACGGUUUCUAAGCAAUUUUGUUAAAGAAAUAUAUUUUACACAAAAUAAA